AAAUAAAAUAUAUACAAGAUAAAAAAAAAUCUGCCUAAUCCACACGUGGACACUGAAGUGAAUCUGGCUGAUACACACUAUAACAAUGGAUAUAUUAUUGACAACAAAACAUGAUCGAAAAAAUCGAAGUAGUAACGGUGUAAAUAGACAACAAUGUUCGUUCUUCACAACAAUGUAUAACAAUCAUAUAAUAUGUGUUUCAUUAUUUUUAUUAUUACGAUUUGGUAAUGUUGCAAAUGCUGGCGAACAAAGAUUUGCAAUGCAACCGCAAGAUCAAACCGCUGUUGUUGGAUCACGUGUUACGUUGCCAUGUCGUGUCAUUGAUAAGAGUGGUAUGUUGCAAUGGACAAAAGAUGAUUUUGGUUUGGGAACGCAUCGAAAUUUAUCGGGUUUUGAUCGAUAUUCUAUGGUGGGCAGUGAUGAAGAAGGUGAUUUCUCAUUGGAUAUAUUCCCUGUUAUGUUAGAUGAUGAUGCCCGAUACCAAUGUCAAGUGAGUCCUGGACCUUUGGGUGAACCUGGAAUACGAUCAGAAUAUGCAACCUUAAGUGUGUUGGUGCCACCAGAAGCUCCAAGAAUAUCACAAGGAAGUGUUCUAACAACAACAGAAGAUCGUGAAAUUGAAUUGGAGUGUAUAUCAGCGGCUGGGAAACCUGCGGCUGAGAUCACAUGGAUCGAUGGUCAUGGUACAGUAAUGAGCCAUGGUGUUGAAAACAUUAUAACAAAUUUACCAGAUGGUCGUAGAUUUACCGUAAAAUCAAUAUUGAAAUUAACACCGAAACGUGAACAUCAUAAUACAACAUUCACAUGCCAAGCGCAAAAUACAGCGGAACGAACACAUCGCAUUGCACAUAUUAAAUUAGAAGUGAAAUAUGCACCAAAAGUAGCAGUAAAAAUUUUAUCGGGUGCUACACCAAAUGGACGAAUUCCCGAAGGUGCUGAAGUUCAUUUUGGAUGUACAGCCGAUGCAAAUCCACCAGACGUUGAAUAUCGUUGGUAUCUUAAUGAUAAACUGAUUAUCGGAGACUAUACAACGGAAAUGGUUAUCCAUAAUGUAACGCGGGAACAUCACGAUAAUAUUGUGAAAUGUGAAGUACAUAAUCCUGUGGGAAAAAGUGAAGAAAGUGAAACAUUGGAUGUUACAUAUGCACCAGUAUUUCGAACAAAACCACAAUCAGUGCAAGCGGAAUCCGGUGCAACAGUGACAUUAACCUGUGACGUGGAUAGUAAUCCACCCGCAGAAAUUGUUUGGAGCCAUGAAAAUUCAGCUCCCACAUAUCGAUCAAAAGUUAUUGGUGGUAGUGCAAACGAGGAACAAAAUUCCUGGGAUGGAGUCGAACGAAUGAGAAUGUCUGCCUCAUCUGAACGAAUUAUUGGCAGUUCGAAACGACGCGGUGGAAAUCGUGAAGAUAGAUUACGAACAGAAUCAUCAAAUACAAAUUUAACAUUAACCGUGGAUCACAGAACAUCCGGACGAUAUUAUUGUCGGGCAUCCGUUGCCGGUUUUCCAGAAAUUGGUGCGGAAGCGUACGUGUAUUUAAAAGGUCCUCCAACAAUUAUCAGCCAUAAAACACAAUUUGGAAUCGAAGGUGAUAAUGUUCGCGUCGAAUGUAUAGCAUUUUCUAUACCGAAACCGGAACAUGUUAUUUGGUCGUUUAAUGGUCGUGAUGUGGAUUUUAACGAUCAAGAUUAUUCCAUUUUAGAAGAUCCUUUACCGGAAGGUGUGAAAUCAACGUUAAUUAUUCGGGAAUCACAACAAAAACAUUUUGGAAUGUAUAAUUGUAGUGUAACGAAUCCAUAUGGAAGUGAUGUUGUGGAAAUUAAUUUAAUGCCACAAAAAAGUUUUCCAAUGCUAUUAAUUAUUACUGGAAUCAUUUUUGGUGUGAUUAUUAUUAUCAUUAUAACAAUGAUUAUAUUUUUAUGUCAACGGCAGAGUAAAAAGAAUCCUGAAGGGGAUACAAACACAAUUGAGAAACAAACACAACAAAGUGAUCGAAGUUCCAAUAUAUCUGAUCUAAAAUUAGAUCUACGCGCUGGAAGUUCAGUUAGUAACAUGGAUUAUACGACAGGUGCAACGAAUAUUGGCAGAUGCGGUGAUUCAGAUGCAGGAAGUGAAGCAACACAUGGUCCAACAGGAGGUGUUCCUUUAGCAGGUCCUGUUCCAUUAUCAUUAGAUACCGAAUACAGGUAUUCAGCAGAAUAUGUGGAGCCAAGUUUUCCUCCCAAAAAUGAUGGACAAAACAAUAAUGGAUAUGUUCCAUAUGUGGAUUAUUCCAGAGAUUAUAAUCCCCCACCAUUAUUACAACCGGCAUUACAAUCCACAUUGGAUUCAAGCCGUGAAUCCUUACAAUCAACACGUCUUCAAUUGAACUCAUUGCAAGCGACAAAUAAUCACAUAAACGCAAAUUCCCAUAGUAACUUAAUUACCUCACAAAAUAGUCUUCUCAACUCACUUCACAACAAUCCAUACACAACAAAUUCGGUCGCGCUAAACGAUCUGAAUCCAAGUUACGUCACAAUGGCAAAUGGUACAAUCGAUCCACGAUACAGUGCCACAUAUGGUAAUCCAUAUUUAAGGAAUACAAAUGUUGGUUUACCCCCACCAAAUACAGCGAUAUUAGCUGCAACGCCUGCCCCACCCCCGUAUACGCGAGACGCUUCCGCACGAACGUCUCUAGUGCAACAACAACAGCAGGCGAACGGAGCUGUACCACAAGUGGCACGGUUACCGAACUCACCGAAUGGGACACAUAUUGUGCCAACCAGUAAUAAUAUGGCAAGUGUGAAACGUGGAACGUUAGCUACGCAUGUAUAACUAUAAAUUAAUUUUUUCGGUUCUUUUUUUAUAUUUUGAGUUUGUUCCGAAAAAAAAAAUGUUUUUUUUUUGGUUAAGUUUGCCAUAUAAUGCCUCAUUUACGUGUUUAGUACGAUUUAAUUAACAAAAACAAAAAAACUAAGGCAAUUAAUUAAUUAUAAAAAGUUUGAUAUUUGAAAGAUUUGAAUUUUCGACCUGGCUAGAAAAACGCUGGACGUUUUAUUAUUUUUCUCCAAGAAAAAAUUCGUCCAAUAUUAUUUUCCUUUGUACUUUUGAUGCCGGCAUCAAUUGCUUUUUGUAUUUAAUUUAUAAUCUAGUAAAAUUUCGAUGACACUUCGGAAAUAAAGGUAUUCCUAUCCGCCAUUUUGAAUACUUUCAUGAAUUUUUUUCCUACCGAC